AUGGCAGCUAACUACCAUGAUCAAUGUGGAGGCCUUCAAAGGGACCUUUGCAGUGGAGAGGUGAGGGAGAUUGGUAGAGAAAAGGGAGGACUAUACAUAGUCAAGAAAGAUCCAAAUAAGAAGCUACAAUUGUCAGUGAUGAAUGUAGUUGUAUCACAGGAUAAAGAGGACAACAUAUUAUGGCAUAUGAGGCUUGGGCAUGCUUUAAUAAGCACCAUGAAGAACAUGAAAUCUUUGCAAAAUAAAUUGAGUAAUGCCAACGGUCCCUACAAAAUUUCUACUCAUGACAAGAAACAGUUCUUUCUGACAAUAGUUGAUGAUAUGUCUAGAUUCACUUGGAUAUAUUUGUUGAAGUUUAAGAGUGAUGUGUUUGUUGUACUGAAAGUAUUUCUUGUUAUGAUAAGAACUCAGUUUAAUGCAAUUACAAAGAUCAUUCGUACAGACAAUGGUGGCAAGAGUCCUUUUGAGCUUCUAUAUGCCAAACCAACUGUUGUUGAGCAUCUGAAGGUGUUUGGAUGUCUAUGUUAUGCUGUGAAUCUGCCCAAAGGAGACAAGUUUAUAGCUAGAGCCAAGGCUGUUGUAUUCUUGGGUUAUUCAGUCACUCAAAAGGGUUACAAAUUGUUAGAUCUUGAGACUAAACAAUUGUUUGUUAGUCGAGAUGUGGUAUUCAAGGAGCAUAUAUUUCCUUUUCAACAAACUGCCAAGUUCUCAUAUCCCUCAUCUAUUGGUUACUCCUCCACAGCUCAUGACAUGGAGAGAUUGCAAGAUCAUGAAGUAGUGGACUAUGAAGUAUAUGAGGAAGCGUACUCAGUUGACACUCAUGAAAGAUCUGAGAACUCUGUUGAUGGUGAAGCUGAUGCCACUCAUGAUGAACCAAUAGAUGAUAUUGUCAAUAAUAAUUCUGAACCAGCUGAGGAUACUCAUGCAAUGACUAAAGGUGAAGCUGCACUUCCUCCUACACUUACAGACACACCUACAAAUAUUACUGAAGGCAUUAUUGAGACUGGUCACACAAUACCAACCUUGAGAAAAUUAGCAAGAAUUUCUAAAACACCAUUGUGGCUUCAAGAUUUUGUGACUAGUAAGAAGGAUAAUGGAGCAACACUACACACUUUAGCAGACUGCAUCUGUUAUGACCAUGUGUCAAAAAAAUAUAAGAGAUACUUGACCAAACAAUCAACCCUCACAGAACCUCAAAGCUUCAAGGAAGCAUCUCAGGAUGACGAUUGGAUCAAUGCAAUGAAAUUAGAAAUUAGGCAUUAG